GUUGGGUCCCCCUUUGGCUUGGGUUCCCAGCCCCUCCCCCUUCCCGGAGCCCCAAGGGGCCGGAGCCCCUGGCACUGCAGGAUCCUGAAGGCGGCCUUCCACUGGGUCUGAAUAAUGGCAUCUAUCUUGUGAUAGGAAAUGAAGUUCUGUAAUGGACGUAUGGCAUUGUUAUUGGAAAGAAAUCAAGUAUACUGAUUUGAAUGAUGUCACGAUUCUAUAGUAAAUAGUCUGCCAAAAUGUCUGAAAGAUCAGAUCUCCUUCACUUCAAGUUUGAAAAUUAUGGAGAUUCAAUGUUACAAAAAAUGAACAAAUUAAGAGAAGAAAAUAAAUUUUGUGAUGUUACAGUUCUCAUAGAUGAUGUUGAGGUACAGGGGCAUAAAAUUGUUUUUGCUGCAGGUUCCCCAUUCUUAAGAGAUCAAUUUUUACUGAAUGAUUCCAGAGAGGUGAAAAUCUCCAUUUUACAAAGUUCUGAAGUGGGGAGACAAUUGCUCUUAUCCUGUUAUAGUGGUGUGCUGGAAUUUCCUGAGAUGGAACUGGUAAAUUACCUGACUGCUGCGAGCUUUCUUCAGAUGAGCCACAUUGUAGAACGGUGUACACAGGCCUUGUGGAAGUUUAUAAAGCCAAAACAGCCAAUGGAUAGUAAAGAGGGAUGUGAACCACAGAGUGCUUCUCCCCAGUCAAAAGAACAGCAGGGAGAUGGCAGAGGCUCCCCCAAACAGGAUUCACCUUGUAUUCAUCCAUCUGAAGACAGUAUGGAUAUGGAGGACAGUGAUAUUCAGAUUGUUAAGGUAGAAUCUAUUGGGGAUGUAUCAGAGGUUAGAAGUAAAAAAGAUCAGAACCAGUACAUUUCUUCUGAACCCACUGCUUUACAUUCAUCAGAGCCCCAACACUCCUUGAUAAACUCAACUGUGGAAAACAGAGUAAGUGAAAUAGAACAAAACCACCUCCACAAUUAUGCCCUUUCUUAUACAGGCAGUGAUAACAUCAUCAUGGCCUCAAAAGAUGUGUUUGGGCCUAAUAUUCGAGGUGUAGACAAAGGCCUUCAGUGGCAUCAUCAGUGCCCAAAGUGUACCAGGGUGUUUCGUCACCUGGAGAACUACGCCAACCAUUUAAAAAUGCACAAACUCUUUAUGUGCCUACUCUGCGGCAAGACUUUUACUCAGAAAGGCAACCUUCAUCGACACAUGCGUGUGCAUGCCGGCAUUAAACCUUUCCAGUGUAAGAUCUGUGGGAAAACCUUUUCUCAGAAGUGUUCUUUACAGGAUCAUCUUAACCUUCACAGUGGAGAUAAGCCCCAUAAGUGUAACUAUUGUGACAUGGUUUUUGCACAUAAGCCAGUUUUGAGGAAACACCUUAAACAGCUACAUGGCAAAAACAGCUUUGAUAAUGCCAAUGAAAGAAAUGUCCAAGACCUCACAGUGGAUUUUGAUUCUUUUGCAUGUACAACAGUCACAGACUCUAAAGGGUGUCAGUCACAGCCUGAUGCAACACAGGUCCUGGAUGCAGGUAAACUGGCCCAAGCUGUUCUGAACUUAAGGAAUGAUAGUAGUUGUGUGAAUUGAGUAUGGGCUUUAUACUCAUAACUAGAACUGACUGAAAUAAUGUGGCAAUAGUUUAAGUCUUUUUAGGAGUGAUUUUGCUACUUAAGUUCUCCAAAAACGUGUGCAAAUUGUAGGGGUGAGUCAAAGCACUAGUAGGCCAGGAAACUUAUUACUUGGAGUGGUCUUGCUGUCUUUAGCCUCCCCAUAUUCUGUCUUCAAUUAUUUAUCCUUUGAUGUCUGAUUUUCUUUACCAAGGAAUAUUCCAUUUGUCUACCUAACACUGACUUAUGUGUGAGACUGGCAGUGUUUUAGACUUUGCACUUGGCACAUUUGGAGGUACCUCACCUAACCUCCACUAAUAGAUACUGUACUAAAAGAAGUGACUAAUGUUUUUCUUCGGCAGAGAAUAGGCCGGGAUAUAAAGUGAUAAUGUUGUUGGCCUGAAUAUGUGGUAGAACUUCUGGUUGCCUAUUGACAAUUGUUUGUUUAAUGAAUGAAUCUGCUUCCUAUGAUAAUUUGUGUUUGUUUUAGAGAUGACUGUAGAGAAAUAUUUGAAGUUCUGUAUUCUUCUGUACUCUUUUCAACACUACUUAGGUCCCAACUCCAUGGCAUUCAAUUGUUUCCAUAUAUAUAUAUAUAUAUAUAUAUAUAUAUAUAUAUAUAUAUAAAUAUAAUUUUUCCCUUUUGUUGCCCUUGUUUUUUUUUUAUUGUUGUAGUUAUUACUGUUGUUGUUACUGAUGCCAUUUGUUGUUGGAGAGUACAAUCUUUUUAGCAGCUCAUGCAGACAGAUUGUUAGGGGGUCACCAUUAGGAUCACAAUCAACAAAAGAAUGAAGUACAGUUAUACUAUUACUUGCAUGGUUUUCCUCAAGAAGCCAGAUUCUUAUUACUGCCUAAUUUACUUGUUAAAGUCAGGAUUGCUAUAAAAACAUUUUUAUUAUACUAAAGUAUAGAAGACCUAAGGGGAAUAUUUAUUAUGAGUGUGAACUCAUAAUUUUGUCAUAAGAAAGGUGAGUCUGGCCUUCAGCAUGUUGUUCAGUGCACUGUGAUAAUUGUUCCUGACUUCUCUUUUCCUUGUGUUCUUUAAUUUCUGAAACAGAUGGGGAGGAGGGAACAUCACAGAGGGAAUAGUCAGACUUUUGCAUUAAGCUAUUAGUAUAAAGGUACACUGUCCCAAUUUGCCACUUUUGAAUAUAUCACAGUUCAAAAAUUGAUUUUUCACUAUGGAAAAGCAUAACUUUUUUUCUAAAGCACAUAUACUUCAGAAGUAAAAUGCUGAAUGUUAUUAGUUCCUGCCUCACUUGCUAGACUUAGGUAGUAGGAGUGUUAGAUUCCUUAGGAAAUCUUUAAAAAUCAUUUACUUGCUCUUUUUUUUUUUUUUUUUUACUGUAAAUUGGGGUAUCCAGAGGCAAAAGAAGUGGCCUGGCCUAGGUUGGCCAAAAUGUUAUGUGGCUGAAUAUGAGCUAAUGUCUCCUCACUAUACUUGGCUUAAAAUGAUUUAGUACAUGAUCAAGAGUUAGUGUUAUGAAAAGGUUCCCUUUGUGUCUGACAUUUGUGACUGUUAACUGUGAGACAGGCUAGAUUUUUGUAAACAAAAUAUCAUAAAGGGAUUUAUUUAUGUUAGUUACUUUUGGGUUAGACUGAGUAUGCUUCCCAAAUAUGUGAUUGACUUGCUGGGUUAGGGAGGAAAAGGACAAGUACGAAUAAUGUGAGAAGAAUCCAAAUGUGAAACUGAUUUUGUCUGUAAACUGGGCUUAUGUAGUUUCCAUCAAGAUUUCCUGUUUUCACUUUUGAGUUAUGAGAGUGUAUGUAAAGAUAAACCAGAAAUUAGGUUUAAUUUGUGUAGUCAGGAAAUUCUUAAAAGAUGUUAUAAUAUAAUGCAUUUACAUGUAAGUCUGUCUUGAUAGAUUUAAAAUGAGGCUACACUAGUGAUAAGACCUAAUAGGUAUCUUAUGUCUAAUGUCACUCAUUGUAUGGUCUAAUGAUGCUUCCUAGCAUUCUGAUUUUUAUAUGAUCCAACCAAAGAGUACCAGUUCUAUGCAUCAGUGAGACACUAAUAUGCUAACCAAUGUUUCACUAUUUUCUCUGAGCAUUAUUUCAUCACAGGAAAAUUUCAAGUUGGAGUGCUUCUUUGUUUACAUUCAUGUCCUGUUUUUGUUCUGGCUUGAAGACUAAAUAAGGCAUGUAUUCAAAUAAGAUUUGUCUCUGGUUGGAGACUAUUACCAGGUUCAGUUAGUCAUUCAAGAAACAUUUACCAAGUAAUUACUGGUGCCUGGCACUAUGCUAGAUACUGAGGAUAUGAAGGUAAGAUUGUUAUCAUCCCUGCCCUCAGGAAGCUUACAGUCUCAUCUGAUCUUAGUGAGAUAGGUGCCAACUUGAUAUAACAGGAUAAUCUGCCUUGCUUUCUUUAAUUACAUAACAUAAAGUCAGGAUCUUGAUGGUUUUUUUGUUAGUAAAACUUGUAGUUGUUAUCUUUUGCAACUGCAAACCACUGAUGUGACUUACAGUGUCCACCAUUUCUUGGCUGGAGAAGUGUUCUGUUUCUGUGAGACAUAGUCUUCAUUUUCAUUGAACUUGAUUUUUAUCUUUUUUUUUUUUUUUUUUUUUUUAGUACAUGAGUCUUAGUUUGUACUUGCAAAGCAGUCAAAUUAUUGCUAAAAAUAGUUUUAUAGGGCAAGACAACUUUCAAAAGUAGUAAUAUUCCUAAAAGUUAUAUUCAAAAGUAGCAAGAUUUUUUUUUUUGCAAGAUUAUUUUUUAAAACAUCAUUCAUUCAGCAUUUCUAUCUUGUGGGUUCCCCUGGAUAACUAAAAAGGAGAGAGGACUCUAUCAUAAUUUGGCUAACAAUUUUUACUGUGUCAUUGUUACUAUUUCAUUUUAAAGACACAUUCCAUACUGGCUUUGCUGUAAAUCAGAUACCAUUUUGAUUUGUUUUAAUGUACUAGAAAGUCUAUAAAUGUAGGUGACUAGUGUCACUACUACUAAAAAUAUUGUCCUAAGUAAGCAACUCAGAAUAUUUUAUUUCAGCUGGUGAAUAGCUGUUCUAAAUCUGUUGUAUGUUAGACAUACUACGAACUACCUCUUCACUUAUUAUGGGGAAGUUUCCGUAAUAAAAGUGUGACUGUUAAA